CUGACUUUUACAAUUUCUAAAUUCCAAGAUAUGUGAAAUAUUUAUUUCAAAGUAAAAGCGAGAAGGGACAGGGAACAGAUGGCGGUGCUGCUGAGCCGCAGAGUGCCACUCGCUGGAUUGGCGCGACGUGCCACGCCCACCGCCGUCCGGUUGAUGCACGAGAAUCCAAACGAGAUGACGCUGCUCGAGAUGCUGGGUACCACCAAUCUGCGCAAGAGCACGCCCGAGGACUACCGCAUCCUGCGCGAGAUCUUCAACACCUUCGAGCGCUACUCCGGAGUGGGCAACAACAUUCAGUUGACCCUGCCAGAGCGCUCGGCCAACGAGCUGAUCAUGUGCGAAAAGAAGCGGGAGUACGAGAAGGGCAUCAUGGAUCCCUCGAAGUUCGCGCCGGGCCACCACAUCUUCCAGGUGCUCACCAAGGUGAAGAAGUCGCCGCUCUUCCAAGCCCUGAGAAGAAUGCCCAAGGGUGCGGCGCUCAAGGCGCACGACACCUCCAUGUGUAGUUCGAGGGCGGUGAUCAAGAUGACCUAUCGGGAGAAUCUCUGGGUGUGCACCACCCAGGACGGCUGCCGGGUGGAGGAGUUCCGAUUCGCCAAGGACAAGCCGAAGGAUGUCAAUUUCGAGAAUGGCGAGUGGCUGCCCAUGGAAAAGCUCAGGGAACUGCGAGGCGAGGAGAAUCUCAGAAAGUAUUUGCGAAUGCGACUCAGCAUGUACCCUUUGGCCAGCUUCACGAGCAAUGCCCACGCCUGGCGCCACAUGAUGGGCAUCUUUGAUCUGCUGGACGGCCUACUACAGUAUGCCCCCCUUUGGGGCGAGUACUACUACAAUGCGCUCCAGGAAUUCUACGCCGACGGAGUCCAGUAUGUGGAGGUGAGAUCCGUGAUCCCGGAACUCUACUGCCUGGACGGCAGCCGAUUGCCCAAGCGGGAAACCGUGCAGAUCUACAAGGACACACUGGAGCGAUUCAAGAAGGAUCAUCCGGGAUUCAUCGAUUCCAAGCUGAUAUACGCCCCCAUUCGGCAUGUGCAACCGGAAGCAGUGGGAAAAUACAUUAAGGAGUGCACAGAACUGAAUAAAGAGUUUCCCCGCUUUGUGGUUGGCUUUGACUUGGUGGGCCAGGAGGACGUGGGCCAUCCGUUGAGCCAGUUCGCAGAGGAGCUGCUCAAGCUGCCCGACCACAUCCACUUCUACUUCCACGCCGGCCAGACCAACUGGUACGGAUCGCACGUGGACCAGAAUCUGCUGGACGCCAUUGUGCUGGGCACGAGGAGGAUCGGUCAUGGCUACACGAUCACCAAGCACCCGGUGCUCAUGCGACUGGCCAAGUACCUGAACAUCGCCCUGGAGGUGUGUCCGGUGUCCAACCAGGUGCUCCAACUGGGUUCCGACUACCGCAGUCAUCCUGCUGCCACUCUGAUCGCCGAGAACGUGCCCAUGGUGAUCGCCUCCGGCAGUCCGGCUUUCUGGCGAGCCGCUCCUCUGUCCCAUGACUUCUACAUGGCCUUUCUGGGCAUCGCGCCCAUGACUGCGGAUCUGAAGUUCCUCAAGCGAAUGGCCAAGAACUCCAUCAAAUACAGCUCGCUGAAGGACGAGGCCAAGGCCGAGGCCAUGGAGAAGUGGAAGAAGGAAUGGGAUCAGUGGAUCGAGAAGAUAGUCAGAAAAAAGCAAAACGAUUAUCAGACUGAAAAGAAGUAAACCAGUAGAUCUGCCUAACAAAUUGAUAUUGUGUUCCUAUAAAUAUUUAAAUAAUUCCUACCAUA